AUGUCCCGGCAUGGCCAAACACGCGAAGACCAGUACGUCGGCCCAUACAGGUUAGAAAAAACUCUUGGAAAAGGCCAAACAGGUAAUUAUCUGUUCACGACGCACUAGUUAAAUGACAUGUAAAGGUCUUGUAAAAAUGGGAGUCCAUUGCAUUACCGGAAGGCGGGUUGCAGUGAAAAUUGUCAAUAGGGAAAAACUAAGCGACAGUGUGCUUCAAAAGGCACUCGUACAUUUUUUCCUUAUUUUUGAAGGUGGAACGAGAAAUAGCAAUUAUGAAGCUAAUUGAGCAUCCGCACGUUCUUGGUUUGUACGACGUUUACGAAAAUAGACGCUACCUGUGAGUUUUAUUUUCGCGAUACUAAACUGUAGGUUUUUAAUUCUGGAACAUGUAUCAGGCGGUGAGCUGUUCGAUUAUCUGGUUAAAAAAGGACGGCUCUCGGUCAAAGAAGCAAGGCGUUUCUUCAAACAAAUCAUAUCUGCUAUCGACUUUUGUCACAGUCAUUGUAUUUGGUAAGCGCGUUGUGUCAACUAUUUUAUUUUGUUUGGAAAAGCUAAAGAGGUUUGCUCAAAUCAAAUGGGCUACAACACUGAUGCCGAUAAAGUAACAUAUGGCUGCCUGAAUUUCAUAACACAGACAAUAAAAUGUCCAGUAGAACGUUCGGACCUAACUUUUAAGUUGCUCCGCAAAAGUUUACAAAAAUUUGAAUGUAACUGAAUACUUGACGACGCUUUAUUUUAUUCAAAUUUUUCUUUAUUUUUCCUCUGCAUGCCUUGAGUUGAAGCCUGAAUGGCCAAAUUUGUUAAGCACAUGCGCAUGUCAUUUGUCUGAGAACAUAGCAGAAGACAAAUUUUUGCACGUCGUUCAGUUUCAUUUUUGAACCGGAAAGAGUGGAUGAUGUUGACAGUUAUUUUUAAAUUAACAGUUUCCUUGUACCGAAAGGACUACGGCUUGCUUUAUUGUCACUAUCAUGUCCUCUCUUAAUCAAUAAAUGCGAUCGCAAAGUCGCCGAUGUAAUGUUUUUUGUCCGUUAUGUUAUUUUAUUUAUGAUGCUAGCAGCAGAAAGGAUGUUGGCGGGACCCGACAUCGACGGGCAAGGCACAACAAGACGAGUGUGUUUCGUAACGCGUCCGGAGAGUACCCUUUAUAUCAUUGCUAACAUACCCGAUAUCCAUCGGCAGCACAAGGGGCCUGUGAUUCAGUGGUUAGGAAGUUGGACUUUCUUGCAACACGUCAGAAGUUAGGGCUUCAGGGGUCGAAAAAAUUGACGUCGGUUAUGGCUGACUGAUGUCCCCCCCAAUAAGUCGGAAAUGGCCACCCAACUCUCUGUGACCUUUGUCGAUACGUAUAGAGGACCGAAGUGUUACAUAAUGGAUCCAUUAAUCUGUUUGUAAAAAAUAACACCAGCACGCCGAUUAGCCUGAGUGGCAACAAAUUCGAGCGUGUGCGACAUGAGCGACCGCAACAUAAAGAUUGCCAAAUCGUAAUGCAAGGCCUGUCAACAUGAGAGGGGCAAGAGGGGUUUUGUUUUUAGGCAAACAUCAAACGACUUUUCGGUUAUAAAUUUAUUUUUUAUUGCUUGGUAACCGCAUUCAAAAUACGCACUAAGCACUCAGGACAACUUCGCGAGCGUAUGAGUCACAGAAGCCAUUUGUCUAUGACUUAUAAACUUAUGACUGAAAUACUCAUUGAAAGCCAAAAAUAUAUAUCGUAUUCUUAAAAUAAAAGCGUGCGACAAGGGUCUAUUAGGAAGUACUACCUAUGCACAUUCUCAACAGACGUAAAUAAUCAUAGGCGUUUGGAAGGGUCAGCUUGCUCGUGCAUAAAAAAUUUCAAGUUUUCAUAAAGCGUGGUCCCCACAGCACAUGUUCCAAAAAACCUCUUGUUACGUAACUGCGUUUUACUAAUCCAUUAACGUUUACUUUCGAGCUAUAAACUUACCCACACGACCACAAGACCUUAUGCUAGACUUAGAAAAUAUUAUUGUAAUAUAUCACUUCAUUCUGCAGAAAUUCGCGUUCAUUCCACCUGACUUUAAAAACAUGCAGGUCUGUAUUUCUGUACGGCAUUUGAUACAUAGGUUUACCAUCUUUGCUAAUUUUUACAAGAAAAUGCCCGCACAAAAUUAUUCGCUAUCCAACCAAAGCGUUCUUGAAAAAAUCACUUUUUGAUAAAGCCUAAUUUAUUACGUCAAAUUUAAUUGCUUUUAGCCACCGCGAUCUUAAACCGGAGAACCUUUUGCUUGACAGCAAACUCAAUAUUCGUGUUGCCGACUUCGGUAUGGCUUCGCUUCAACCCGAGGGAUCGAUGCUCGAGACUAGCUGCGGGUGAGUUUGCCGUUCAGAUUUUGAGCAUGCUUACAACAAAUAAACAAAGGCACUUGUUUUUUCUUAAUGUCGUCCACAGCUUGAAAGUAAACAGUAGGAAAAUUAUUGAAGAGUUCAUUGUUGGCUUUCUUCGUGCUGACAACUAGUUAAAAGACUAAUUAUGCAUUAAAUAACUAUGAGAACGGAGUGUGCAGUUCUUAGAUAAAUUGACUAAUGUAAUGUAAAACUUACGGCAACCGAACCUUCUUCUAAUUUGUUCUACCCAGCUGAGUGUAACAUGCACAUGUUAUUAUCGCUUCGAGCCUAUCUCAAUUUUUAAAUUUAUUGGUUCGCAGCAGCAAACAACAUUGGCCCUUCAUUUUUUAAAGUGAACUUUAAAUAACUCAAAGAGUGAGAUUUUAUUAUUUUCAACUGAGUUAUUUGACUCGAAUAGGAUAAGACCUAUUUCAAGUUUGUUUGUCAUCUGACGUUUACUAUAAGUAACCUACCGUUAGGCAAAAAAAUGUUACCGUGACUUGAUACUGUGGUAUUUUGGCCACAUGUUUGUAAAAAAGUCGCAUCAGGUGACAAGGCAGUAAGAUUCAAAAGAAAAAUGGAAUUACUAGCAAGAACUGCUCAUUUUAGACACUUCUUUUUCGAGAAUAAGACUAAAUCCCGUAGGUGUAUUUCUACUACUUAACGCCUGCUCCACAUUAUGCUGAUCAAGUCCCUGUAUUGCAAUAAUUAAUAAAAACAAGCUGACACAACUUUACGAAACGUGUGGGACACAAGAGAAAAUCUGCGUAACCAUUUAUUCGUACUAAGACAUUAAGAUGUUGUGAUAAUAAAAUACGAGUUGUCCGAAUUUGAUCUUAUUUUAAAAACUUUCAAACCGUUAGAGAAACUUGGUUAGUACGUCUUCGAGACCUUAGUACGUCUUUCAAGACCUGCUUUAGGGCUAAUUAUUGCGGCCAAACCACCCAAAUGUCCUGAGCGGUUUUCUCGCAGUCAUAGCGUUUAUUUUGGUCUUUUAAAAAAGGCCAUGCUUACAGCUUACUGCAUUUAUAUGUUGGUUCUCAGAGCACCACCGGAUGGAGGUAACACCCAUUGUUUCGCUGAGUUUCUAGAUAGGGCGCAAACUGGGGUGGCUAGAAUUCGACUACCAAAGCAGUGCCCGGAACUUUACUUAAAAUAAUAACAACCGCGCAUUUUAAAAGUACAUAAGCAACAAGAAUUUAAUACCUAGAUACGAAUGAAGGUAGUUAAUAUUUGAUUUAAUGGCUGCCCCAGCCCCGCGCCUUCCCGGGUGUGGAAUUCAGGAGUCGCCAACCAAUGACGACAGACACGGUAAAAACAGCCAAUCCAGUUUUCUUCACCAUUCUCAUUAUCCAUUCUGCAGAAGUGAGGUGUGAACUUGAACUGGAAGUUUAACUCCGAAGGAGUAUAUUGUGAUAUGUUAUCUACUAACAUGCCCGGCGGUUGUCAAGUGUGACUCAAAUACCCUUGUGGUUGCAAAAGGUUAACAUAGGUUUUUUAGUAAAGACGUAACUAACUUUUGAUGCUCAAUCUCAUAAAAUUUUUAUAAAAAUUAUGAAACAGUCUUUGACUACUUAGGCGGGGUGGUAAGAUGAAAUACCAUAGAAAGUAAUUUUAAGAUAUUUCAGUCACGCCAGGACGCCGGCUUUUGAAAGGACUUCUCCCCGGUCGCCUGCAAAAUCCGCGCUCUGUAAAAAGUGA